AUGGGAAUUUUUGAUGGAUUGCCUGUGUCUCCAGACAAGGAACACUUGAGGGAAGAGAUUGCAAAUAUAGAUGAGAGCUGGGCUGCUGCUCGUUUUGAUUCAUUACCUCAUGUUGUCCAUAUUUUGACGUCCAAAGAUCGUGAAGCUGAAGUCCAGUUUUUAAAGGAGCAAAGUGAUGUUGUUGAGGAGGUUGUGGAUGAAGUUGUGCAUAACUAUCACAGUGACUUCAACAAAGCAAUUCAAAAUUAUUCUCAGAUCUUGCGGUUGUUCAGUGAAUCUACUGAAAGUGUUGGUGUCUUAAAGGUUGAUUUGGCUGAAGCAAAGAAGCGUCUUAGUGCACGCAAUAAACAACUGCAUCAGUUAUGGUACCGGUCGGUUACAUUGCGUCACAUAAUCUCCCUCUUAGAUCAAAUUGAGGGCAUAGCUAAGGUUCCCGCUCGGAUAGAGAAGCUGAUUGAUGAAAAGCAGUAUUAUGCUGCAGUUCAAUUUCAUGUUCAAUCAAUGUUGAUGCUUGAAAGGGGGGGGCUUCAAACGGUUGGUGCCCUUCAAGAUGUUCGCUCUGAGUUGACAAAGUUGCGAGGAGUUCUGUUUUAUAAAGUGCUAGAGGAUUUGCAUGCUCAUCUUUACAACAAGGGUGAAUAUAGCUCAGCUGCUUUGAGCUUGCAUGAAAUGGAUGAUGAGGUACCAACCACCACAGCUGUUGUAUUUUCAAUGAGUAAUUCACAAUCCCUGUCUCGAAGAACCAGGUUAAAAGGUGACAAUCAAUUUGGUAUUCAUGGAGAUGGAUCAUAUAGGACAGGUUCCAUUGAUGGGGGUUCGUCUUUUGAUGGCCCUGAUGAGGAGGGCACUCUGGAACUUCAUGACGAAGCUACCUCAGAUGGGCAUAGGGUCAAUGGUGAUGUCAAAAUUGUGCCUCGUGAGAUGCCAACAUGGCUUCAGUACUCCACCCCGGACGAAUUUCUUGAAGCAAUAAAGAAAAGUGAUGCUCCACUUCAUGUCAAGUAUCUGCAGACCAUGGUUGAGUGCCUUUGCAUGCUUAGAAAAGUUGCAGCUGCUGGAGCUAUAAUAUGCCAAAGAUUGCGACCUACAAUUCAUGAGAUUAUCACAUCCAAGAUUAAAACUCAUGCAGAGCUUGUUAAUUCUUCGAGAUCUGGCAUUGGGCAGGCUGCGCGACCUGCAAGUGCUGGUCUACGUUUCAUGAAGGGACAGUUACAAAGUUAUCAGUUGCCAAAGCAGAAGCGUCAGAAUGGGAUAUCAUUGUCUGGAACUCUUUUGGCGGUAAGCCCUGUCUCACCUGUGAUGGCUCCUGCAGGGAAAGCACAGGCCGCGGCUAAAGAACUUCUUGAUUCGAUUUUAGAUGCUGUUGUUCGGAUAUUUGAGAACCAUGUUGUUGUUGGGGAGCUUUUGGAAUCAAAGUCUUCUGUUCAAACGGACAUGAGCACACCAAAAUCAAUGCCAACAGAUGUAAAUUGGAAUCCCGAUUUGGAAGCAUCUCAAGUUACUGGAGGCUACAGCAUUGGUUUUUCCUUGACAGUAUUACAGAGUGAAUGUCAACAACUUAUUUGUGAAAUCAUGCGGGCAACUCCUGAAGCUGCAUCUGCCGAUGCUGCUGUACAAACUGCUAGACUUGCAAACAAGGUCCCUUCCAAAGACAAGAGGAAUGGUGCAGAAGAGGGUCUUACCUUUGCUUUUCGCUUCACGGAUGCUACUAUUUCCAUUCCCAACCAAGGGGUUGAUCUCAUUCGUCAAGGCUGGAGUAGGAAGGGUUCAAACGUAUCACAAGAAGGUUAUGGGUCUGCAGCUAUCUUGCCUGAGCAAGGCAUAUAUCUAGCAGCAUCUAUAUACCGGCCUGUUAUUCAGUUUACAGAUAAGGUCGCAUCAAUGCUUCCCAAAAAGUAUUCCCAGCUAGCUAAUGAUGGAUUGCUGGCUUUUGUGGAGAACUUUGUGAAAGACCAUUUCUUACCAACGAUGUUUGUAGACUACAGAAAAGGCGUGCAGCAAGCUAUAUCAAGUCCAGCUGCAUUCCGGCCCAGAGCACAUGCUGCUGCUUCUUAUACUCCAUCAAUUGAGAAGGGUCGACCUGUCUUACAGGGACUGCUGGCAAUAGAUUAUUUAGCAAAAGAGGUGCUUGGUUGGGCACAAGCUAUGCCUAAAUUUGCUGGUGACCUUGUGAAGUAUGUGCAAACUUUUCUUGAGCGAACCUAUGAAAGAUGCAGGACCUCAUACAUGGAGGCAGUUCUGGAGAAGCAGAGCUAUAUGCUCAUUGGCAGACAUGAUAUCGAGCAAUUGAUGCGUCUUGAUCCAGCAAGUUCAUGUUUACCAAAUGCAUUUGGUCAGUCAAAUAUUGAAAACCAUGCUUCGGAUUCUGAAAAUCUUGAGGUUGAAUUAGAACUAAGUGAUUUGUUAUUGAAUUUGCGGCCUAUUAAGCAGGAUAAUCUAAUCCGUGAUGAUAACAAACUGAUAUUGCUGGCUUCCCUUAGUGAUUCAUUGGAGUAUGUUGCGGAGUCUAUUGAAAGGCUUGGGCAGACAACCUUCAAAGCUCCAAAUCAAGUAGAAGAGAGUGGCAAGAAUCAUCAUCAACGAACAACUAGUGCUGCAUCCAGGGAUCUAGCAUCAUUUGCAGAUGAGUAUAGAAAAUUGGCAAUUGACUGCCUCAAGGUUUUACGUGUUGAGAUGCAAUUGGAGACAAUUUUCCAUAUGCAGGAAAUGACAAAUAGGGAAUACAUGGAAGACCAGGAUGCGGAAGAACCAGAUGACUUCAUUAUUUCACUUACUGCACAGAUAACACGCAGAGAUGAGGAAAUGGCACCUUUUGUUGCGGGAGUGAAGCGGAAUUACAUAUUUGGUGGAAUUUGUAGCAUUGCAGCAAAUGCAUCCAUCAAGGCUUUGGCUGAUAUGAAAUCCAUCAACCUUUUUGGCGUUCAGCAGAUAUGUCGGAAUUCAAUUGCACUUGAACAGGCCCUGGCUGCUAUCCCAUCAAUUAACAGUGAAGGUGUACAACAGAGACUAGAUCAUGUCCGGACUUACUAUGAACUACUAAACAUGCCAUUUGAGGCCUUGCUAGCCUUCAUCACAGAGCAUGAGCACUUGUUUACAACCUCAGAGUACGCAAAUCUUCUAAAGGUCCAGGUGCCAGGAAGGGAUAUUCCUGCCGACGCUCAAGAUCGUGUAUCAGAGAUUUUAUCCCGUUAG